UUGUGCACCAGAGUCAUGCAAGCCCCUGGCAGCUACCACAAGAGAACGUGUUGUCCCAGCUUCAAACUCCGAGAGGUGGUAUCCAUGUACUGCACCAUGGUGGGCAUGUUCUUCAUCAUCCUCUUGAUGGCUUUGAAGGGCACAGUUCCCCGAGAAAACCAUUUCCCUUAUAAGGUCCCCCUGGACCCUGAGAGCAUCUUGGAAUUGUCCUGGAAUAUCAGCUAUACUGAGGAGGUGAUUUAUUUCCAACUUCUGGUCAAGGAGCUAAAAUACGGGGUGAUUUUGGGGAUGUCUGACCGGGGCGAGUUCCACAAUGCUGAUCUGGCUGUGCUCUGGAAUGAUGGAGACAAUUCCUUUUUUGGGGAUGCAUGGAGUGAUGCAAAGGGGCAGAUCCAUUUGGAUUCCCAUCAGGAUUACCAGCUUUUGCAAGCUCAGAAUACUUCUGCAGGACUCUCUCUUCUUUUAAAGAGAUCUUUCAGUACCUGUGACCCUAGAGAUUAUCACAUUGAGGAUGGCACCGUCCACUUGGUCUAUGGGUUUCUGGAUGAGCCGUGCUCCUCUCUGGAGGCCAUCAACACAUCUGCCAUUCAGAAGGGAUUUCAACGAGUGCAACUUUUGAAGCCUAACAUCUCCAUCCCUGAAAUGCCUCCUGAUCUGAUCAACAUGGAAAUAAGGGCCCCAAAUGUCACAAUCCCCAAUGAAGAAACAACAUACUGGUGCUACAUGAUAGAACUCCCAAAUGACUUUCCUCGGUAUCAUAUUGUCAAGUACGAGCCCAUCAUUACCAAGGGCAACGAAGCCCUAGUCCACCACAUGGAGGUCUUCCAAUGUGCUGUGGAGUUUGAGCCAUACCCAAAGUUCAACGGGCCCUGUGAUUGGAAGAUGAAAUCUGAUCGGCUGAAUUACUGCAGACACGUGUUGGCUGCCUGGGCCUUAGGAGCCAAGGCAUUUUACUACCCAGAAGAAGCUGGUCUUCCUUUUGGAGGCGAAGGAUCUUCCAGAUAUCUCCGCCUGGAGGUUCACUAUCACAACCCUCUAAAGAUAAAAGAUCGGAUUGACAACUCAGGUCUUCGCUUGCAUUACACGGCCACACUGAGGCCAUCUAAUGCUGGGAUCAUGGAGCUGGGCUUAGUAUACACACCUGUGAUGGCCAUCCCACCUAAAGAGACUGACUUCAUCUUGACUGGCUAUUGCACUGAUAAAUGUACUCAAAAGGCUCUGCCACAUUCUGGAAUCCACAUCUUUGCCUCCCAGCUCCACACUCACCUCACAGGGAGGAAGGUGAUCACAGUCAGAGUCCGAGAAGGGAAUGUGAAAGAGAUCGUGAAUAGGGAUGACCACUACAGCCCCCACUUCCAGGAGAUCCGAAUGUUAAAGAAAGUUGUUACUGUUCUCCCGGGCGAUGUGCUCAUUACUUCUUGUACAUACAACACAGAAUCCAGAGAGCUGGCAACUGUGGGUGGACUUAGCAUCACAAAAGAGAUGUGUGUGAAUUAUAUACACUACUACCCGCUGACACAGUUGGAAUUAUGUAAGAGUUAUAUGGACCCUGGCUAUUUACAAAUGUAUUUUCGCUUUGUUAACAGGUUUAACAAUGAGGAUGUCUGUCCAUGUCACAAUACUUCUGUCGAAGAGCAGUUUGCUUCAGUCCCUUGGAAUUCCUUGAGCCGGACUAUGCUCAAGGCCCUGUAUAACUUUGCCCCAAUCACCAUGGACUGCAACAAGUCUUCCGCAGUCCGCUUCCCAGGUGAAUGGGACAGGCAGCUUUUACCAACUAUCAAGACUAGACUGGAAGAGAUUACUCCACAAUGCCAGGACACUCCAGGACUGUCACCUUCUGCCUCUACACUGGUCAAGAUUGAUGGGACAAUGGACUAGAGGAGAACCCUUCCUCUUUUGGUCUGGUCCAACCCUUUCCUGAACUUUUUAUCUCUGAGCCAGAGAAAAUGCAGAUCCUGCCCUCUUUGGUUACCCUUGCCCACCCUUGCUUUAUGGCCUAAUGCUGAUCUGAUGGCUAGUUUUCUCUCCUAGCUCAGGAUGGAACUGAGAACCUUCCAGAGAUAUAUUCCAUACAAUAGGAUGCUCCCCAAAGUGUGGAAAACAGCUACCUUCUGCAUGUAAAAUUAGCCCUUUGAGAAGUCUUCAUUGGCUGAUAUAAUCACGGGCCAAAAUGGAAAUACUUCCAAGUGAUGCUGAACACGUAUGGAGCAUCUACAAGCCAGUACUCCAUGGUUCUCUUUCUAGAGUUUUCGUCAAGGCAAGAGACAGAUUAUACCCAAGUCCUUUAGAUUUUGACCUGAUCCCCAAAUAUGCAAGACCCUUGGUCCCAGCUGCCUCUGGUGUUUAUACAUCAGAGAGCCCCAGAGGGUAAGGCCUAGUGCUAACUUAUCCCCUAAGAAAGCAAUCUUCCCUCCUCCUUCCACUGGCUGUGAUCUGUGUUGGCGUGUCUUAAUG